GCCCGGCUCCUCCACGCUUCCCUGAGCCGGGCAGCGACUGCAGCACUGAGAGCAGGAGCCAAACACGGCUUAACAAAGCAAAUCCUUCCUUGAUAAUAAAGGUGGAACUUCAGCGUUUCCGAACAGGGCAGCAAAGCCCGGGCGUUUCCCCGAGCUUUGGUUCGUUCCGUCCUUGCGGGCGGCUCCGGCUGCCGGCGCUGCGCGGGCGCCGUGAGGGCGGCGGCCCCGCCCUGCUCCCGCCCUGCCCCGCGCGCGCUGCCGUUUGAACGGGGCCAUGGAGGGGCUGGAGGCACUGCCCGAGGCCUGGCAGCUCUUCUUCCCCUCCGUCCGCGCCGCCACCUUCCGCAACUGGCCCUUCACCGAGGGCUGCGCCUGCACGCCCGAGCGGAUGGCGGCGGCGGGCUUCGUGCACUGCCCCAGCGAGAACAGCCCCGACGUGGUGCAGUGCGUCUUCUGCCUCAAGGAGCUGGAGGGCUGGGAGCCCGACGACGACCCCCUGGAGGAACACAAAAAGCACUCCGCGGACUGUGCUUUUCUUUCUCUUCAGAAAGGACCUGCUAGCCUGACGUUGCAGGAGUUCCUGAAGCUGGACAAAAUGCGAAUGGGAAAGGCACUUAAAAAAGAGAUUUCUCAGAUGAUGACCAAGUUUGAAGACAAAGCCAAGAUCCAGCGUUGUAGUAUGAUGAAUCUGGCCUAGACUGCUGCAGCUUCAUAGUUGUCAGUGACGUCUGUCUUGUCCACUUGCUGUGGCACUGCCCCUGUGACUGAAUGGCCGUGUUUCCUGAAGCUGCUUCCAGAGUGGCUGUCCCUGAGAAGCAGAGGGAAUUCUGCUUCGCUCCUCUGAGUCUGUCUGGGAAGUACCUGAGGUUUGAUGCAUUGUGUACAUAAUCUUUUUCUGCAGGAAUUCUCCUAAUUUUCAUGCUGUUUUUUUAAGGAUUAUUACCUGUGGGUUUACUUGUUUUCUUUAUUUUUUUUUAAAAACUUGUAUUUCUGAUUGGAGUUAACAUGCAUUUCCAUUUUUGUACUCAAUACCAAUGCUUUUAGAUACUUUGGGACAUAGAAAGGGGAAGGAGUUGUAAAAAUACUUCAGGGAUUUAGGAUUGUGGCUAAUAGCGUUGAGUUAUACCACACCUUAGUGUGCCUGGUAUUCUUGUAAAUUUCUGUUUGUAGUUGGCUGCUUCCUUGUGUUGAUGCAUUUAUAAAUAAAAGUUGAAGGCAGAA